UGUGAUGGUUAUUGUGUGCAUUAAAAUAUAGGCACUUUGAAUUGUAGUGGGUAUUUACUGUACAUUAAAUUUAUAGUGUUACUUUUUUUUUUUUUAACUGCCCUAUUUAACUCUUAGAGAUUCAUUCAUGGACAAACCUGGCAACUUGUUUCCUGUUUUAUUAUUUUGCCCAUAUUUGGUCUGUGCUUCCUCCCCUGUUAAUUUGACCUAAUUUUGUUUAUUGGGACUCAUUGUUAAGCUCCACCUUUUUGGCCAUAUUUGGUCUGUGCUUCCUCCCCUGUUAAUUUGACCUAAUUUUGUUUAUUGGAACUCAUUGUUAAGCUCCACCUUUUUGCCCAUAUUUGGUCUGUGCUUCCUCCCCUGUUAAUUUGACCUAAUUUUCUUUAUUAGGAUUCAUUAUUAUGCUCCACCUUUUUGCCCAUAUUUGGACUGUGCUUCCUGUCUUUGAUGAAUUGUUUUAUUGUCUCUGUCUUGCUGCUGAUGAUUACAAUUAGCAACCAAUUGCCAAACAGCUGGACCUGCUUAAGUGAAAGGGUAUAAAAAACUGUUUCUUUGGGAGAGGACGUUGGAUUUUGUUUUGAGGGUGACGUAGAUGUUUGCUGCCAUGGUGUAAUACACUCUCCUGCCUUGCAACAGAAGUUUGGGUUCCCAGGACGUUUGCUGAACAACGGUGCACUGCUCUGGAUUUCCUCAACGCUCUCUAAUGUUGCCUGAAGGGCCCCCCAGCAGUACCUACCUGGUAGUUCCAGCGGCUGGCGUCGUCCUGAAGACUGUGAUUUUCCUCCGACCUCCCUCAAGGCUCUCUAAUGUUGCCUGAAGGGCCGUAAAUAUAUUUUUGUUACUGCACUGUGAAUGUGUCCAUUUACUAUUUGUGGUGUUGGUGUUUAUGGUGGUCGCUUGUUUCCAGUCCCAGAAAUACCUAUCUGGUCGUUCCAGCGGGUGGCGUUAUUCUGAAGACUGUGGUUAUCCUCAAACCUCUCUCAACGCUCGCUAUGGUUGCCCGAAGCCUCUGCAAUACCUUUCCUGUGGUCUCAGUGGCGGCUUUGUCCUGAAGACAGUGGUUACCCUCUAACUUCCCUCAACACUCGCUAACUUCGCCUGAAGGGCCGUAACUAUAUUUUGUCGUACUACAGUGCAAGUGUGACCUCUGCUGUUUGUUGUGCUGGUGGUUAUUCUUGGUGCUCUCUUCUAGCCUCUGGAUUGUCCCGUUGGUGAUCUUGGCCCAGUGCUGCUGCGAGCCUGCCUUGGCUACCCGGAGUCUUCCUCAACGUUUGCUGCUUAAAGUACCGUCACUUUCUCUGGUGGGUCUGACGACUGCCGUGACCUUCUGGACGUAUUUGCUCGAUUAUUUGGAAGGACAGCUGGGCGGAUUGCCGAGGAGCCACCGAACCUUAACCCCGCCCCCAUUUGCUAUAAAGACUUUAUUUUAGUGGACUUUACCCUCCAUAAUAGUGUUUCCUAUUUAAUGCUUUCUAGCCUAUUAAUAAAAAGUAUUUUUUGCAUUUAUACACUGACUGUCUGUUUUGUUUCCGUGGCUGGGACCUGAGUCAUUUUAUUGUCACUAGGUGACAGUCUUUUUUCUGGCGUAGUCGGCAGGAUCCCAGCAGCGGAACACAACAGUCAUGUCUGAUCCUCCUAGUAGUGCAGCUAAUCAAGAGGCAGAGGGAAAUGGGGCUAGAGGAGGUAAUCAGGCAGCAGCCCAUUUGUUGGUGCCAUGGUUUAUGGGGGGGCCAUGGAUACCCCGUUUUAGCGGGGAGAAGGGAAAGUUUAAUUCAUGGAGGUCUCAGAUAGAGGCUAUGCUAAGGGCACAAGGGCUAACCACACAACAAGGGGUGGAUUUCCUGUUGGCAGCUCUAGAUGGGGAGGCAAGGCGGCAGGCACGUUUAUUUAAGGCAGAGGAGACUGCCGAUACCAAGGCAUUGCUAGACGCCCUACAGAAGAGGUAUGGUGAUGGAGCAAGUCGAGCACAGCGACGGUCAAGGUUCUUUAGCUGUAGGCAAAGUCAGGAUGAGGGAGUGGAAUCUUUUAUCUUAAAGUUACGGGAACUCUACUUUGACUGGCAAGGACGUGAGCCAACUCAAGAAGAAGAGGGCGAGUAUCUGUUAGACCAGUUCACCUUGAACUUAAGACCAGGCCCAAUUCAGCAAGAGAUCCAUCGCCAAGUGCGUCGCAACCCACAGUUGACAUUUGCUGCUGUCUGUACUGAGGCUAUAGCACUCCAGCAAGAGCAACAACAUGGAGAAGACCAUGCCUGGGUUAGAUGGGCUGCUACACCUACAGCUGUGGCCUCACCAGUCCACACCCCAAAAUGUGACACACCUGACAUGAGCCAAUUAAAAAGCGAACUCCAGGCAGAAUUGCGCAAAGAAGUGGCAGAGCAACUGAAGGGUUUGAGUGCCUCCAUUGUUGAAGAACUCCGCAGACAGAUAUCACCUACUCCCCCAAUGACUAGUCAACCCACUGUUCCAUCUUUGUCUGCCAACAUGCCCCAACUGCCCGUCGGUCCAACUGUACGUUCAAGACCUCAACAGAUACCACCAGGCAGGGGGUCCUUCCAGUGGGAUACUGAGGGGAGGCCUAUAUGCAGGGACUGUGGAGGAGUGGGGCACAUCCAGAGGCACUGCCCAAAGCGUCGCAGGUCAAAUUCGGGUUUUUAGCCCCCCCUGCCACCAAGGGACGUGUGGCAGGGACAGUCGCUCACUCUGCUGGAGUGACGAUGAAGUCCCAGCUUAUUGGAGAAUGUCCACGUGUUGAGGUGGAGGCUAAUGGAAAAAUAAUUUCUUGUGUCCUUGAUACCGGCUCCCAAGUCACUCUGGUGAGUAAAGCCUUCUUUGCAAAACAUUUUGGGAAUAUUGACAUAAGUUGCGCUUAUGAUUCUCCCUGGCUAACCUUACGAGCUGUUAAUGGGUUACAGAUACCAUAUGUUGGCUAUGCAGUUGUUGAUUUUGCUGUUGGGGGCAUCCAGGUUCCACAGAAGGGAAUGGUGGUGGUUGAAGACGGGUGUAUGGGAGCAGACCAUGCCAUUCUAGGGAUGAAUGUAAUUGCACACUGCUGGGAUGAACUGGCCAAAGGCAAACACCCUGGGUUAACCGCUUUUAAGUCUCUUGUGUCGCCUGUAGCAGGUCAAGCCUGGGAACAAGCUUUCUCGGUCUGCCAGAGGGUGACAGCUGAAGGGCAUGCCAUCCCCUUUCAAGGAGUGGCUCGACUACCCCGACAACCACCAGUUGUUAUCCCCCCUGAGUCUGAGAUGGUGGUAUGGGCUCAACUUCAGGAGGGAGCCCCCAAGACAGUCUACAAUGCAUUAAUAGAACCCUUUGAAGAUCAAGAUGGGGAGUGGUAUGUAGCACGUCUCUAGCAGUG